CCAUGCAUAUACAUAAUUAACAGUAUUGCAUAUAUUUAAAAUAGAUAUGAAAAAAAUUAGAUAUAUUUAUUUUUAAAAAAUACUUUGCUGAUAAUAUUAAUUCGUCUAUUUGUGAUAUCAGAUUAUUUUACAAGUAAAGUAGGUAAACUCUCAUACAUAAUAAUAAAUUCCAAUGUAAUUACGUGACGAAAAUAAAAACUCUUAACACUUGGAUUCAAUAGUGUGUCAGAGUUGAGUACGUAUGACUAAUUAAUAACGACAACAACAAGAACCAUGUAUUAAUCCAUUUUAUAUGCAUAGAAGUAUAUAUAUAAUAUAUAUAAUCCCACUUACAUUUUACAAGUAUAAUAUAUCUGCACAUCGUGUAGUUGUGUGUGAUUGUGAUAUGCGUGUAUAUCAAAGUUUGAUAACGAUAUUUUUGAUUGUCAUGCUGUCAAUUUACUAAAAGUGCAGUGAAGUGUUUUAUAUUUAUAUAUAUAAUAGUUCGUGACAAUUAUUUUAGAGAUGACUUUGAAAAAAGAUGGGGAUAAAAAAAAAACUAAUAAAAAAAUAAAUAAAUCAAAUAAAAAAAGUAAAGUGUAUCCGACAAUCAAUGAAACGACAAAAGAACAAAACAAAAAUUCAACUGGUGAUAAAAGUGAUGAUCCUAAUUCUGUAAAUUUUAAAAAUAAAUUUGAUGAGGGUGAAAGCGCUGGUAAUAGUAAGCUUGACCGUAAACCGUCUCUAAGACGUAAAUUAGGAGCUUUUAUUCGUGGGAGCGCUGACUUACCAUCUGUGAUUAACCGUAGCUUUCAGCCGAUACGUAGAAGUUUUAGUUUCAACAAAGACUUACAUCGUGCUUACGAAAAUCAACAUCAUCAUGAGUAUGGCAGGACACGUAAUGCCCAGUGGUACAACAGUUUGUGUUCUUUGGCGGAAGUUGAUUCGAAGGAUGAAGGAGGACAAUGUAUCGCUAAGAAAAAUAUUUAUAGUAAUGACUUUGCUGAUUUUGAAAAAUGUCAGGUUUCAAGGACUCAUAGUUUUUUGGAUAAUUCUACUGUUACCAGAAGAAGACAAAAAACUAGCGAGCAAUUUACUUACGGGCGACACAGUGAUUACUAUGAUUCUGCUAUUGAUUUAAGUAAGCCGCCUUUUGAAGCGUGUAGUUUACCAGUUUUAACGAAUUUGUUUAAAGAAAAAGAUGAAGUGGAAGUGGAACCAAUGCGAGUUUGCAGGAGAGAAAGUAGUCGAGGUUGGAACGCAUGGGGAAUAUUAAGAUCGAGUGCGCGAAAUUCGUUGCUGCGGCUCAACACCUCUAGCUCUACCCUCGGAUUCAAGGAACCUCCAGAUUACUCGGUACGCUCAAGAUCUUUGAGCCAACUUGACAUGCUGGAUACUGGAGAACACAGUAAUAUGUCAGGUGGGACGACAACGCAGCAUCAGUCACAUCAACUGACAACAUCACAUCACCAUCGCUACCAAAAUCCACCUGUGCCGCCGCUACUUUUUUCACCAAAUCCCACUACAGACAGUAAUCCACGAUUUUUGGUGCCGAGUUUAACAUCGACAGACACUUCCACGUCCAAUCGCGCUCGUCAUAAACUAUCACGUUCCCAGGUUUCUAGCAGUGAGUACUUUAGUGUAAGCUUUGAAGUAACUGACGACACCAGUUCUCUUGAGCGUGAGGAAUUUUUACCUGCUUCAAAAGGAACAUAUUUAGCAGAAAUUCUUGGCGCAGCUUGCGAUCGUCGUGGCAUUGAUCUGGCCCGUGUGGACGUAUUUCUUGAUGCUUUUUCUACACCUCUGCCAAUUCACACAACCGAAACAUCGUGCUUAGGUGGUAGACACUUACGAGUCACUACCAAAGACGAGAAAACAGCAUUGCCACGUACAGGGAACCAAAAAAGUAAUCAAAAUGUUUCGUUACGUAAAACUGGAAGCUAUCGUGGUCGUGGCGGUCGUUUUUUUAGUAUAUCAACGGAAGACUCGAGUAUGGAUUCAGAGAUGAUACCUGGAGGUAUGCUGACAACUGGGAAAACUACAUCUAGUAGUAGUUCUAUAUCUAGUGGUGCGGCGGGUCUUAAAGCCAGUAAGCAACGUUGGAGCGGUUUCUUUACAAAUACAAAAGGAACGAAAAUGGAAUUGCUUGUGGAGCAGCUUAAUAGCUAUACGAAAUUCGGUGUACCGCGUUUACCAGAAAUUCAGCUACCUUACGAUCUCAUUGCAAAUGAACAAGAACUUCUUUAUUCACUGGAGGAAGAUUGGCGUGAUAUUGUCGAGAGUUGGGAUUGCUUGACUGAGAAACAGCAGCAGCAACAAACGGCACUUUGGGAGUUGGCUCAAACAGAAUUGGCUUAUAUAAAGACUCUUAAAGUCGUCACGGAUCUUUUUAUGGCUUGUCUUUGUAGUCUUCAAGCUUCAAAUAUUCUAAUUGAAGUAGACCGUACGAAGCUAUUUAGUAAUAUUCCAGAUAUUUAUACGGCAAAUCGUUACUUUUGGAGUGAACAUGUAUUGAGAAUGAUAAAUGCUACACGGACGACUGGUAAUCCGCUUGACCCGGGUCAUCUUCUUCAAGGUUUUGAAAUGUUUCAGCAAACUUUUGCGCCAUAUACAAGAUACUGCUCAGAACAAAGUAAAUGUCAGCAGUACUGUCGCGAUCGGCUUAAUGACAACGAAUUAUUCACGGCCUAUUUAGUUUGGUGUGAAACUCAAAAAGACUGCAAUCGUUUGAGACUCUUAGAUAUUUUGGUAAAACCAAUGCAGCGAUUAACUAAAUACUCACUACUUCUUAAAGCCGUAUUGAAAAAUACUGAAGAUGAGGAACAACGCUCUGAAUUGACUUUAAUGAUUAAAUACGUUGAUAACUUUGUUGCUUCGGUAAAUGCCGCGUUGCGGAGAUCCGAAGAAACAGCUCGAUUAGCAAGUGCAUCAACUCGUCUAGAUUGUUAUGACGUAGUGGAAACUCGAGACGAAGAGCUUGAAAAAUUAGUUAAAUUGUACAGUAAUCUUGAUAUUACAUCUGCGCUAAUGCCUGGCUGUCCAAAAGAUUCACUGAGGACACUAUUACGCGAAGGCGACUUUAAAUUACGAGACUCAGCAACGAGUAAAACAGAAAUUCACGCUUUUCUUAUGACUGAUAUGCUACUGCUGUGUAAAUCUUCAACCAAAAAAACAUCCAGUAGCGGUAGUUCUGGAGGUGCUGCUGGAAAUUUGAAGAUAAUAAGACAACCUUACGUUGUUGAUCGUUUACGUAUUCAUGAACUAAAGGAAUCUUCUAGUUUUGGUCUAGUCUAUUUGAAUGAAUACGGAGUUGCUACUGCAGCAUUCAUUUUAUCUGCAAGUGAACCGAAACUUGCUAAGUCGUGGAUAGAAUCUCUGCGUAAAUCUCAACAGCAGUUUGCAAUAAUGAAGAUUCCACCACUCGGCGAAAUUCCGCCCACGGCAACAGUGAGCAGACAAGCAAGCACGUAUUUGGGAGACGGUGAUUUUGAAUUGGAAGACAAUGAUAUGCUACCAAGAACACCUCGGGGUAGUAGUCGAGCUUCUCGCGUCAGCAGUUUAGCACACAGUCAUAGCGGAAGUAUAGAGAUGGAAGGCGUCUCUCCAGGUGGAAGUAGCUUUCUACCGAGUUACAAUCAAAGUAGAAAUGUCAGCGUUGAUACCAAUGAACCACCACACGGAUCGAGUAUUUCAUCAGAAGAAGGUACUGAACUUGGUCUUAGUCUCAAUCAUAGGCCUCUUCAAAUCAGACGAUCAUUGUUGAGCAAAUCACCAACUCCUAAUACCUUAAGCGUUCAAGUACCUGCAUACUCAUGUCUUGGUCAAUCUUUACCUAAUUUAACGCUUGCAACAUCACCACAAACUUCAACAGUUUCACCAACACCACCUAAUUCACUUUUAAUAGUUCCGCAAAUUACCAAGAGCAAGGACACACUACUAUCUCCAGGACAUAGAGGUAUUUCUUAUCCACCUCCAUCACCACCACGUGGAGCACUAAGACGAGCAUUUGCAAUUCCUCAAUCACGAAAUCCUCCUUUAAUAAAAACGAGGCACGUAAAUGCGUCAGUAGCCUCGGCGUCUGUACAAUCGACCGUAAGUUUUGAUACCGAGGCGAUUGAAGAAAGACGUAGAAGGCUGGAAUCAACUCAACGUACACCCUCAUUUACUGGUGGUUCUGUUAAAGAAGAGAAAAGAAGUGAAGAAAAUCGAUGAAGUGUCUUUAUCCUUUGAGAGGAUAUUGCUAUUUUAUAGUCGAGCGUGUUUGAAAGGGCAAAAAGCUCAUUCAUCAGACGUCUUGACGGUUUUGGAAUACUGCAUUCUACAUGUAAAAGCUAUUGUUUACAUUGUAACAGCAGUAUUUUUUUUUCCACCCUUGAUUAAAUUGUUUUUGUACACACAUAUAGGGGCCACUUGAAAUCAACGUAAAUUAUGAAGUUUAUAAUGAUGACCAUACAGAUUAUUAUUAUUAUGAAUUGUUAAUAUAAAAAUAUAUACAUUUAUAUAUGUUAAGCAUUUAAAUUUACAUAUUCAUCAAAAAAAAAUUUUUUGUUUUGUUUAAUGUUGCAGUGCAACUUACGCGCGUGCGCGCUUGUCUGUGAAUGUAAAUUGUGAUUAAUAUCAUAAAUUAUUAACUUUUUUUUUCUAGAUAUCUAAGCAAAAAAACGGGCCUACUAGAUUGUAAUUAAUAGUUAAAAAAAAAUAACUAAUAAAUAAAUGCUUUAAGAAAGUCUGUAGACUAACUUAAAUAUAUAAUUAAAUAAAUAUGAAAAUUGUAUAAUUAGAAGUGAUAUUUUGACUUUUAGAAAAAUGUAAAAUACAAUUGUUUCGUAAAUUUUAUAAAAUACGAACAAUGUAUUGUAUUAAUUAGACAAAAAAAUAUACAAAACAAAUGAUUCUUAAAGCUGUACAUAUUUAGUAGUAAUAUUUUGAUUAUUAGUAUGUACUAAUUAAUCUACAAAAUCGGAUCAAAAAUACUUAUUAUUUGUUUAUUUUCUUUGUCAAAUACUUAAAUUAUCGACGUACAUAUUUAAUAUAUUAUC